ACGACGAAGUGCUAGAUGAUAUUCUUGAACUAAUUGGAGACGAAGAGAACGAAAGGUUAAGCAGCUUACAACCUGAACCGUCUACUAGUAAUACAUACGCCCAUGAAGAAAAACGACCAACUAGAACCUCCAACCAAAAACGAAAAAGGUCCACCACACCACCCCGUCGUGGAGGAUACUCGGAAGAAGACGGUGAGGGCAACGAAAGACGAAGAGAUACCGAUGAGUUUGAUUCCGAGUUAUACCAUGAUGAGGAUGAUCGAGAUAGAUUAGAGAACCUUGUUGAGCUCGAUCGCGAAAGAAUAUUGGCUGAAAGAGCUGAAAAAAUACAACAUCAUAAAGAUUUGGAAGCUGUACAACUAAUGAUAAAUCUUGAAGAUGUUUCUUCAACAAGAAGAUCUUCUAGAACAAAAGACACAAAAAAGAAAGGUAUCGAAGAACUUAAACGUCGACGAGCACAAAAAAAUCAAAGUCAGAGAACAAAAGCUGGAUCACUGAGUCCGGAACCCGGGGAACAUAUUACAACUGGUGACGAAGAUGAUGUGUUUUAUGAAGAUGAUGAAAGAGGGGAACAAAAUAAGGAUGAUGAUUCCGAUGGUAUCACAGUUGAUGAUAUUAGAGAUAUACAAUUAACCAGACAUCAAUUCAGUGAUUGGGUUUAUAAGCCCUUCUUCGAGAAAAUUGUAACUGGUUGUUUCGUUCGUUUGCAUAUUGGAUUACAAAAUGGUAAACAAAUCUAUCGUGUUUGCGAGAUUGUAGGUGUUGAGGUACCAGAAAGGGUACAACCAUAUCUAAUAGAUGCGAACGAUAAGGUGAAGACUAAUAAAGUAUUACGUCUUAAACAUGCUGAUGCUGUAAAAAGUUGGCAAAUGAACAUUAUUUCGAACGGGAAGUUUGAACAGUCUGAGUUUGACCGUUGGACAGUUACCAUGAAAAUUAAAAAACUUGACUUGCCGACAAAAGAAGCAAUAGUAAAAAAGAAAGAACAGAUUAAAGGUGCUGAUGAAUAUAUUCUAUCAGAGCAAGAUGUUGACAUAAUGAUCAAGCAAAAACAAACCCUUCGUGGAGGGGUUGAGCCUCUAAAUUUAUUAACAGAGAAAACUAACUUGGUGACACAAAAACACUUGGCUGUAGCUCAGGGGAAUAUAACAGAUGCACAAAAUUAUGCCACACGCCUUGCUGAGAUAGAUAGGAUGAUUUCAGAAACUUCUCGUUCCCAAAAACAAGAUACGUGGGCUCGUGUUAACGAGCGAAAUCGAUUAAAAAAUUUGGAAGAUUCACGUAGAGCAGAAGAGGAGUCCAGAAAAAGCAGAAAAG